AUGUUUUCACCUGACGGAGCUUUCAUCAACACGAGCGAGAUACUCAGCGAUACCGAGGCUCAAGCCAUUCACAACAGAGUUCAGGACGAGGUUGCCGCUGAGAAUGCUGCUGACGGGCGUGUGGGAAGGUUUAAAGGCGAUCCUAAAUUCGCAGAGGUUAAAGCAUAUACCGAUUCAGAAGUUUCCAAGCGACUGCCCGCGGCUAUUUCACAGGCUGAGGUCGAAGCUAGGGCCGGACAGGGAGAUGAGGAUGCAGCUGACUCAUUGAACGAUUCUGAUGCAUCUGCAACACAGCUACUGGAACAGUACAAAGGUUUUGUCCUCUCCAAGCUGCCUGUAUCAGAGGAAGUUCAGAGCCAGAUACGCGGGCUGUUUGAAAAGUACGGUUGGCCAACAGUCUGGCAGUCUCUUGACUCAAUCGAGGGCUGCGGAGAUGGUCCUACAUGGACUUGGCAAGAUGUGGACAAUGACCUGCUCGUGAGGCUGGGGGACGAGAAACUGCUGGGAAUGAACAAGAUAGCAGAGUACGUUUUCAUUGGUAUGCGAGUCAGUCAGUGUCGUGACCAGUAUAAUUCUCUGACAACGGAAUAA